CUACUAUCGAUAGAACAGCGUUAUCCCCUGUAAGUCAUUCUGGUUCUUGAGAGUGGGUUGGAAGUGUCGUCCGUGAGGAAACUGUAUACUUUGUCAAUAACCUAUUCCCACAUCGGCUUUUGCUUAUCCUAUAUCUACUUCAGGAGUUCGUCCCCGUCCCCGUCCCCGUCAUAAAGAGCGCCUCCUGAUCGCGCUGUAUGCUCCUUUAGCUUGGACUUCCUGCAACAUCGCUACCAUUAUCUGACGCCUAACCGAUAGUCACAAGCGAUCCACUACAUUUGAAUACUCAUUUACUCUGCAAUAAACAAUCUAGACAACCAUGUCCGACGAUGGCGCAACUCCGCGGGAAUUGGUGGUCGAAGCAUGCCGACGAGACCAGCCACACCUCCUCGAGCAAGUCAUGGAGGGGUUAGAAGGGAAAUCCAACGAACAAGUCGCGGAGUUCUUCAACGGCGUGACCGACCCCUUAGGGAACCACGCCUUACACAUCUGCGCUACGUACGGCAGCUUCGACACAAUGGACGCCCUCUUCGACAUCCAAUACUUCGAAUGCGACCCCGUCACCCGCCUCGACGAGGACACCCCCCUCCACGUCGCCGUCCGCUACGCCAACGACAAGGACGCCGAGCUCGGGCUGGAGAUGAUCAAGAUGAUGUGCGAGGCCGGCUGCGACCCGCGCGUGCGCAACAAGCACGGCCAGAAGCCUGCCGACCUCGUCUUCAACAACCAGGAGAUUAGGUCCACGCUGCAGCAGGCGGAAUACAUCCUUGCCGAGGGGCUCAGGGAUACGGCGGACAAUGGUUCUAUGCAUGACAGCGCCAGCGAUAGCGAGUAAGGGCGGGCUCACAGACGGGGCUAGGGGGUUGUUUUUUGCUUCAUCCUAUAGAUGUACGACUUUAUGAUAAAUAGG